GGUCCUCGGCUGAAGAUUUGUCCUCCUAAGUCUCUUUAAACUGCUGUGUCCGCCAUAAUGGCAGAGCCUGACAUAGAAGUAGAGAAUGAGGAAGAGGAAGAAAACACUGAAAUGGAACAUUUUCUGAAGCGUUAUGAGCCAGCAUGUGUCCUCCCAAGACCCCCAAGAGCUAUAGAGUCCUUUCUUAAAAAGGAGCCGGCAAUGAUGGGGAUCUCGCAGAUUGUUGUUGGUGUCAUCAGCAUUGCUUGUGGUGCGACGUUAGCCGUGUCUCCGCAUUCACUUGUUCUCAUCCUUAGACUGCCGUUUAUUACUGGAUUCCUGUUUUUAGUGUCUGGAUUGGCAACUGUUGUUGUGGAAAAGAAAACCAUCAUAUUCUCAAUGUGUCUCGCAAUGAACUGUGGAAGUCUGGUGUCAGCGGUCAUUGGAUGCUUUCUGUAUUCUGUCGAUUUGUCGUACUGGGAUAGUUAUACUAACACGAAAGACAUAAAUAGGAUCACUGCAGUCUUAAAAGCAAUGCUCCUGGUUCUGACCUUGGUAGAGAUUGGCUUUGUGGUGCCAUUGUUAUACUGGGGCUAUAAGACACUUUACAGCCUAAAGCCCCCUCUCUGAUUUCUACGCCAAAUGUUAAGGGCUCACCACUUCCAAAUGGAGCCAUCCAUGAACUUCAAGUUGUGCUGCAGUGGAUAUUCAUAAAACAAGAAAACUGUCAAUUCUGAUAUCAGAUUCAGAUCACAAAAUGUUUUCAGUGA